AUGUUUGCAAGGAGGGGAGCGAGUCCAGUAAUCACUCUCUGCAGCGUUGCCAACGUACCGCACCACCUUCCGCACAGGGGUCAUGUGCGUACGUGCGGACCACAUAGUAAACUCUCUUCAACAGUAGCUGGCGAGAUCACACGACGUAGCUGGCACAGAGAGGUGAUCCAUGGCCAUCUUGUAUACGAUUGGGAAACGUUUCUGGCCGACGCUCACCCACCAGCGGUGUGGGUCCUGCAUCAGUUUAGACAUGUCUGGCGACGCGGAGGCAGCCAGCUUGUCCUCGUAGAGGCUGUCGAAAUACUCAUUAAGCUACGUUGUAUGCUUCUGCCGCUUGAAGCUCCGCUUGCCUAUGAGGAGGUGAUCGUCUAUAAACAUUAUACGGAGUCUCUGGUCGUCGCUAGCGUACGCCCCAGGCACCUUGCGUGUGCGUGGGAGCUCUGGCAGCUCAUCAUCAUUGUCGUUAGUGGUGCCCUCAGCGGCCAUAUACUGGGCAAAGGUCUCUCGGAUAGACUUCUUGGCGGUCUUGUGCCAUAG